AUGCCAUCCUCGGUUCUUCAUGGUGAUAGCUUCGGAGUGCAGUCGUCGACGACUCCGGAGUCUAAGAAGACCGCUGGCCACGGGGAGUUCGACGCCAAAAAGGCCUUGAAAGAGUGUGGGAAUCUGUCAGACGGCACCGCUGCAGGAUGCGCUCAUGUCCAAGAUCCAGCUUUUACUUCAGCGCAUGCCGAGCCGAGAGCAGCGCUACAGACUGGUCACCGGAGCACUGAGCCAACAGCAGCGCGGAUGCCGCCACCGACACCUUCUGCGCCACGGGCAGCUCCGACCCGGGGCCGACGGGCCACCAGACGGCGCCGAGCCGAGGUAAGGAGACCCAGGACCGUGGACCGGAACGAGUCCGAGGAGUGCGAGGAACUGGAUGAAACGUCAUUCAGAGGCUUGAUGAAGAAGAGGGGCGGGAAAUACGUGGCAGGAAUCCACCUGUGCAACGUGAGAAUUACGAGCCGGUCCGUCGACUUGCAAACGGGUUUGGACAUUCUUUCAGUGCUGGCAUCUGCCAAAGCCCGGCAUCCUUUCCUAGAAGAGUUGCAAGGUGCUUUGGAAGAUGCUGCCGAAGAACAAGGGCAGAGACUCUCUGAGAUGGGUCUGGCCUUUCGUUUCGAGAAGACGAUGCACUUCUGGUGUGGCCUUUUGGCCUUGCCCAGUUCGCACGACCUGGCGCAGGUGGAACGUUGGCAAGCUUCCUGCGUGGAGGUUUUUCGAGAACUGGGCUCUGGACCCGGGAUGACUCCCUGUGCUUUCUGGUGGCGGAGCCCCGGAUAUCUGGCCGAGAAGUGGGGACGUUUGAGACCGAGGCGGUUGAGGUUCUGUCGAGGGUUCCGUUUCAGCUUUGCUUGGCACCUGGAGCCUUGA